AUGCCCGUCCCAGCCGCGGGAAUCGCUGCCCGCGCUCCUGCAAGAGCAUCUUCCUUUCCCGAGGCUGAGCCGCUUGCCCCGGAGAGGGAGGGCGGCGUGUCCCUCCGCGGGCACCGGAGGCUUUCUGGCGGCCGGGCUGUCGGUGCCACAGGAACUACUAAAGAUGUAGCAGAAGAAUCUGUAUCAGAUGAUGACAAAAGAAGGAACUAUGGUGGUGUGUAUGUUGGCCUGCCGUCGGACGCGGCUGCCAUGGUUUCUAGUCAGACGAAAGCUACACCGAAAGGUAUUGGAAAUUUGUAAGGAAAUAAACACAUCAAGAUUCAAACAGCUGGAG